AUGGACAGCCGUGAGAUAUUGGAUAUGGAGAACAAGCUUCUGGAUCCGACCGCAGAAGAACCAAUUUCUCUGCCCCUAAACUUCUUGAGAUCGAUAACAAAUUGUUUUAGCAAUGAGCAAGAACUCGGGAGGGGUGGGUACGGGGUGGUUUACAAGGGACUUCUCCGCCAGGGCGAUUCAUUUAUUGCUGUGAAGAAGUUUCAUAAUAGUAGUGAUGUAGUGAAGGGUGAUGAACAGUUCCAGAAAGUGGCCACUUCUCUUAUCAAACACCCAAAUGUAAUACAGCUUCUAGGGUACUGUGCUGAAUCAAAGGGGGUGAUAAAGAAGCAAGAGAACGGGAAACGUGCUAUUGUUUACGAACAGACAAGAAUUCUAUGCUUCGAGUAUAUGUGUAAUGGAGGCCUUGAUAAGCAUCUUUCAGAUCAUCCAUCUGGGUUGGGAAAAAGAUCAUCUAAGAGAUUAUCAAAGCAAGCUAUUGUAGAUGCACGUGCAAUGGAAGAUGAAGAUAGACUUAUGUAUAUUGCUAAAAAUCAGGAUAAACUAAGAACCUACUACCUUCAAGGAAUAUUUGAUGCUAUAGAGAAAGGAUUAGAUGAAGGAAAUCAGAUGCAGGGAAAUCCAGUUCUACUCUCAGAGCUGCGGCCGAAAGGACUGGAGUAUGUCAUAUGUGUGCGGAUAUCAAGAAUGUGGGAACACAGAGGCACCAAUGAACAAAAUAUUAUCAAGCACCUUGACCUUGUUCUGGUUGAUGAAAAGGCCAAUGCAAUUUAUGCUGAGAUUCCACCUGAUGCAAUUCCUGUUUGCAAACCUCAUCUAGAAAAAGGCAAAAUUGUCUAUGUGGCGAAGAUAACAGUAGAGAAAGCCAAGCCAACAUUCAAGGUUGUGGACCACCCCUAUAUGAUCAGACUAAAUAAGAGAACAAUAAUUGCCGUGCCAAAUGAUCAGCCAGACAGCUUUCCAAAAUACACAUUCUCGCUCACUCCUUUUACUAGCCUGCUUCAGUACCUAAAGAAUGAAAAUUUUCUAGAUGUCAUUGGAAGAAUUAUUGCUGUGUCAAAUGCAGCAAAUGUUUACUUAAGUUCAGGUGAUUUAAUGAUGAGGAGACUAAUAAAACUCCAGGACCUCAGUGGAAACACCAUCGAUUUAUCACUUGUUGGAAAAAGAGCCCUAGAAUUUGAUGGAGAAACGGUUCUAAAAGUUGGACAACAAAGUCAUGUAAUAGCAAUAUUUGUGGGCACUCUAAUAAAAGUCUACAAGGGAAACUAUCAUUUUUUAAGUGGCACGUCAGCAUGUCGCUGGUAUAUCAACCUCAAUGAUAUACCUGAAAUCAAAGCUUUCCAAAAAAGUCUUCCACUUGUAUCUGAGCCAAUUCAGCAUCUAUAUCUUCAAAGUGAAGAUGAUAGCCAGCGGAGCUUCGAGCAAAAGACAUUGCUACAACUAAAGGAUAUAGACCCUUUCACUGAGAAGGAUAAAAAAUAUGAAUGUACUGUUACCAUUAUUACAAUCACAGAAAACGAACCAUGGUGCUACCGAGCAUGCACAAUUGACAACCAUACUAUCAGACAUCAAGAUAAAAACUUUAAAUGCACUAAAGAAGAUUGCACAAACACCCAGUUUGAUUGGAGAUACAAGAUAUCAUUUUUUGUUACUGAUGGAACAUAUAAUCUUGAGUUCAUGAUCUUUGAAAAACGAGGAGCAGAACUCAUUGGUAAAAGUGCAGAGACUCUCCGAAAGCAAUAUGACAUCACACAGACUCCUCCAGAAGUCAUAUUAUUGAUAAAUCACAAAUUUACCUUCAUAGUCAAGGUUCUGUACAAAAGCAUAAAUGCACUUGAGCCAUCAUUCGAAGUUGUUCUCAUCAAGGAGAGAUUUGGAAAGCAACCAGCACCACCUAUGUCUCAAUUAUACAAAUCUCCAGCAGUUGCACCCAGCUCAACUGUGUUUGCAGCACACGAAGAUUUACCACUUGUACUUCCCAUAGGAUCUAAAAACAUUCAAGGCCAGGGCGAAACACAGACCAUGGAUCUUGAUCCACCGAGCAUCUCUGGUAAAAUUAUAUCAGGCAAAAGAGACUAUGAAGAAAGUGCUAGCAACAAUCAGGAGAUUCAAGAUGACGAUUAUCCAAAAACUAAAGCUACGACCAAAGGCACAAGCCAGCGACUAAGGAUGGGAACCCAGGAAGAGGUGCUGCAACCGGAUGUGCUGCGUGAGGACAGCUUGGUGGGUCUAAAUAAAAUUGCCAUGAAGGAUCAUGCACCAGCAUGGAUCACAAAAGACACGAUGAAAUCAGCGGUUGCACUGCUCCAACCACAAUGCGGGCCAGUUUUGGCAAGUGUGGAUGGUUCAGUUGCUGCACUUUGUUAUCAGGGGGCACGCAAUGCGUCGUUUUGGGUGGCGCACAAGGCGUUGGCUUCCUUGGAGGACAACGUGCUCAAGGACUGGGCAGCCACCAUCAACCUUGGCCCGAGCGUCGAGGCCCUCAAGCGAGAGCUGCUAUCCAUCAUGGCCAUUCUUGAGUCCACCCUCGGCAAGGUAAUACAAUACUUGGCACUCGAGGUCAUUCUGAUGGAUCUUCGAGAGCUCGUGUAUGAUGCCGAGGACGUGCUGGAUGAGAUGGAAUACUUUCGCAACCAGGGCGAUGUGCUGGAUGCCAGCCAGAAUGCCAAAGGUUGUGCCCACAACCAUGACGCUGAGUACAUGUCGGACGAGAUGGGAUACUUUCGCACCCAAGACAUUCUUGGCCUUAAUAUUCAGUUCCCUUGGUCACCUCUGCCAUCCGUUUGUGAUGAACAAACAAAGUUGAAAUUGGAUUGGGAGAAUGAUUCCGAAAGGCCAUCUGUUUGUGAUGAACCAAAAAAGUUUAAAUUCGAUAGGGAGAAUGCCUCCGAAAGAAUGCAGCAUACUGCAGAGCAAAUGCAGCUCAUGCGACAAAGGAUUUAUGGCAUUAUUUCACCUUUAGGUUCUAACUGGAGCACUAUCCCAAACACUGCACAAAGUCGUCCUAUCACCACCUCUCAAAGUAUAGAGCCGAAAUUGUAUGGGAGGAAGCUUAUGAUGGAUAUAAUCAUACAUGAUAUCACAAAGGGUAAGUAUUCCACGGAGGUCCUCACGGUUAUUCCCAUUGUUAAGUUGGCCCAGGGGGCAUAG